AUGGCUAGAUACGGACAACGUCCUGAAAAUGCACUUAAACGUGCCAAUGAAUUCAUUGAAGUGGGCAAACCAGCUCGUGCUUUAGAUACCCUCCAAGAAGUAUUCCGCAAUAAAAAAUGGACCUACAGUUGGUCGGAAUCGGUCUUGGAACCGAUAAUGUUCAAGUACCUCGACCUUUGUGUCGAGUUAAAAAAGUCUCAUAUCGCGAAAGAAGGUCUCUUCCAGUACCGUAACAUGUUCCAAUCGGUGAACGUAGGUAGCUUAGAAAACGUGAUCCGGGGUUACUUACGAAUGGCGGAAGAAAAGACCGAAGCCGCUCGUAAACAGAGUCAGCAAGCCGUAAUAGACAUAGACGACUUAGACAACUUAGCUACCCCCGAGAGUAUAUUGCUCUCCGCAGUAAGCGGCGAAGACGCUCAAGACCGUAGUGACCGUACAAUUUUAACCCCUUGGGUAAAAUUCCUCUGGGAGUCUUACUGUCAAUGUCUCGAGCUAUUGCGAACAAAUGCCCACGUGGAGACACUUUACCACGACAUUGCCCGAAUGGCAUUCCAGUUUUGCCUGGAGUACAAUCGCAAAACCGAAUUCCGAAAGCUUUGCGAAAAGUUGCGCAAGCAUCUCGAAGAAAUCUGCAAGCUUCCCCAAUUAGUCUCCAACGUUUCAAUGAACAAAGCUGAGACUCAGCAGUUGAAUUUAGAAACACGUUUAAUCCAGCUUGACUCUGCCAUUCAAAUGGAACUUUGGCAAGAAGCUUACAAAGCUACCGAGGACAUUCACGGUCUGAUGAACCUGUCCAAAAAGCUUCCCGUUCCCAAAACAAUGGCAAACUACUACCAGAAAUUGGCCAUGGUCUUCUGGAAGGCCGGAAAUUACUUAUUCCACGCAGCUGCGUUGUUCAAACUGUUACAACUUUCCCGCGAAAUGAAGAAAAACAUGUCUGCGGAAGAGCAGCAAAGAAUGGCAAACCGAGUUUUGUUAGCGACCUUAUCAAUCCCCUUACCCUCAGCCCACCCCGAAUUCGAUCGGUUCAUAGAAACUGACAAAAGUCCCCUAGAAAAAGCCCAAAAACUAGCAAUUCUUCUAGGACUCACCCAACCACCUACUCGCGCUUCCCUCCUGCGCGACAUUGUUCGUAUGAACGUCGUAAAUUUAGCGUCCCCUAAGCUUCAAGACCUGUACUCUUGGUUAGAAGUAGAUUUCCACCCACUAGAAUUGUGCUCACGUGUCCAUUCCGUGAUCCAAACCCUCCAAGUUGAUGAAUCCAGCCCAUUAGCACAGUACGUCCCAGCGCUACAAGAUGUCACUUUAGUGCGUCUUAUCCACCAAGUAUCCCAAGUUUACCAAACAAUCCAAUUCGCGCGUCUGAUUGAACUCGCCAAGUUCACAUCAGACUUUCACCUAGAAAGACUAUUGGUGGAUUGCGUGCGUUACAAUGACAUGCAAAUAAGAAUUGACCACGGCAAACGUUGCAUACACUUUGGCGUAGACUUGAGCGAGGCUCAGCGUGAAGACCAUCCAGAUGGUCCAGUUUUGCAAGCUAUGCCUUCCGAGCAAAUUCGCUGCCAAUUGGUUAACAUAGCUACCGUUCUUCAUCGUGCUAUCAAUAUUAUAUUCCCGACUAAGCGCAAACAAGAGCGAGAAAAAAUACGCGCUUCUAUGGUUGGGCUUUAUCAUGAGACUAAAAAUAAAGAACAUCAACGUGUUCUAGAUCGUCAGCAUAUUAUAGAACAGCGCAAAGAGUAUAUUGAGCGGGUUAAUACACUGCGUGAAGAGGAAGAAAUGCGCAGGCAGGAGGAAUUGCAUAGACAGCAACAAGUUGCUGAGCACAAACGCUUGGAGCAGGAACGCGAAGAACGCGAGCGUAAGCGCCAACAGAGUGAGAUUCAGCAGAUCAAAGAUCGCCAUUUGAAGGAAAAAAUGCAGCAGAUCUCACAGACUAGUCAUGGUCAGAAAGUUCUUAAGAAAUUGGACGAAGAUGAGAUCAAGAAGCUGGACGCUGAGCAAAUUGCUGCUCGCGAAGCUGAAGAGCUUCAGAAGGAACGACGCGAGUUACAGCAAAAGUUGAAGUCGCAGGAGAAAAAGGUUGAUUAUCUUGAGCGUGCUAAGAGAAUUGAGGAAAUUCCGCUGCUGAAGAAAGCUGUGGAGGAUAAGCAGGAGCUUGCUAAGCAGCAGUGGGAACAGCAGGAACAGGAACGGAUUCUUGCUGCUAUUGAGGAACGCAGCCAAGCUGUUGCGACUCGUGAGCGCAUGUCUAGGAUGAAAGAGGACGCUGAUGCGUUCUUGGAUAAGAUUUUGGCUGAGCGCAAGAGCGCUUAUUUGGAAAGAUUGCAGGAGUUUGAGGUUAAGUUCAAUGAGGAGCGUGCUAAGCGGCUUUUAGAGCGGAAAAUCGCUAGGAAAGCUGAACGCAAGGCCAAGUGGGAGCAAGAGCGCGCUGAAGCCGCUGAACGGAAGCUUCAGGAGGAGCUGAGGAUCAAGCAGGAGGAAGAGCGCAAGCGGAUUGAAGAGGAACGCGCUGUUAAAGAUGAAGAGGAGAGAAUCAAGCGCGCUGCUGAAGCUGCUAAAGAAGCUGAGCGGCUGGCUAAAUUGGCUAAGCAAGCGGAGAUUAUGCGCGCUAGGGAAGAGGAGGUUGAACGGAAGCUUGCUGAAGAACGGAGUAAGGUUACUGAUUCUGACCCUUGGCGUCGUGGCGCUGGGGGCUAUAAAGAACGCAGGGAAGAGUCACGGCCUUCGGCAGUUGAGCGCAAUGACCGUGAAGCUAAGUCCGAGGUUUCUUGGAGAACCGAGCCUAGGGAUGAGGUGAAGCCGCGCGAUGAUCGGGAUGAUGAUCGUGGAAAGAAGAAGGUUGAUCGUGUUGAUGAUCGCGAGAAGUGGGAUCGGUUUUCUAAGGACAAGGACAGGGAUUCUAAGGAGGUUAGGGAGGGAAGAGAUAACAGAGACGCUCGCGGAAAUAAGUUUGAUAAACCCAGGGAAGGUAUGGGUAUGGGUGCUCCCAGUUGGAGACGUGGCGGAGCUGAUGAUAAGAGGGAUGACAAAUUUGAACGCGGACCAAAGCGCAUGGAUGUUGCUAGACCUCCGAGGGAUCGCGAUGAUGACAGGCUGAGAUACCAGAGGUCUUCUGGAAAAGAUGAACGCGAACGCAAAGAAGAUAAAUACAAGCGUGAAGAAAAGAGCGACAACCAAGAAGACGAAGGAUGGUCAAAAGUAGGCAGCAAACAUUAA